AUGAGUUCCCCCCACGUCUCCGAGUUGUCUGAGUUGGCGGUGCCGUUGCUGUGCGGGGUUUCCGGCUCUCAAAGCUCCACGCUUGCUGCUCCGGUGGCUGCAGCCCACGCCCACGGCCCUGGCCGAGCCUCCAGGCUUGGGGAGCCCAGGCUCGAUAGCUCCUGUCCCCGCCCCAGUCCAGGGAGAAGGUGGGUGGGCCCCCAGCAGAGGCGCGUUCUGCCGGCACUCAGCUCCCUCUGUUUCUCCAUGGCGUCGUAUCAGCAGUCCCGGAUCCAGGCUUACCUGGAGAAGAACAAGAUCGGUCCCCUGUUUGAGGAAUUGAUGACCAAAUUGAUAACUGAGACACCUGACCAGCCAAUCCCGUUUCUCAUUGACCAUCUCCAGUCCAAACAAGGAAACCAAGGGCAGCUUCAGAGAACUUUAUCUGGAUCUGCAGCUCUCUGGGCAGAGAGUGAACCAUCAGAACAUAAAGGAGCAAGAAGGGAUUUCAGAAGCUAUGACAAGCCUUGGCAAUUAAAUGCAAAGAAGCCAAAAAAGUCGAAAAGUGACCUUGCUGUGUCUAACAUUUCUCCACCAUCACCAGAAUCCAAAUCAUCGCCAAGGUCAGUAGAUCAUCCUAAGUGGAACUGGCGAACUAAACCAGAAAGCCGUGAUUUUGAUGAAUUGAACCACAUCCUUCAAGAGAGCAAGAAGCUGGGAAAAGCCCUUGAGAAGCUCUCUCGAAGUAUUGCAAUUUCAGAUGAACUCGAUAAGGAAACAAUGGCCUUUAACUCCUCUCUUCUGAGACCCUGUGUGAUUGGGGAAUGGAUUGGUCGAGAAGAGAAUGAUGCCGAUCCAUUAGCGGCUGAAAUGCUGCAGCCCCCAAUUCCGAGAAGUAAAAAUGAACAAUGGGAAAGUGAAGACAGCAGCUGUAGCCCUGCAGGAAGUUUAAAGGUGGAACCCAAGACCAAAGGAUUGAAACAACAGCAACAGCAACAUAAGAAGCUGCUGGCAGCAAUGCUCUCUCAAGAUUCUUUUGAGUCUAUUCACAGCCCUACCCAUUCUGUAACAGAAGAAGAUAUUGAUAAUGAAGAUGAUGCAAUGGAAUUGCUGGAGGAUCUUGAUGAUUUAAGAAUGGAGGGAGUAACUACUCUGGUACCUUCUGGGAGCAAAUUUAACCAAGGUCGUGCUACUCACCCUGCUGAACCUCAGGCCAAGGUCACACUGAACAUCUGUUCAAGGUGUGCCAGGCUUCAAGGAGACAACCUGGCAGAAAGAACAGAUGAGACAUCACAAAUACUUCAUUCUCCAGAUGAAAUAAUCCUGGAUUCUUCUAACUCUUUACCUGGGACUGAAGAAGCACUAAUGGAGGAGGGUGAAGAAUUUGAGAAAGCAUCUAAGUUAGUGGGACAUGGAGAAGCCCCCAGUGGAGGACAGUCAUUGAAAAACUACAUGGAAGAAGAUGAAUCUUUAAAGCAGUUGCAGGUGGUUCACCAACCAUGGAUCUUGCCAAGUGACACAGAAAGUGAAGGAGUGGAAGCAGAGCAAGAGAAACGUUCUACUGAUCUUCUUCUUUGUGUUCCGUGUUCUUCUUGUCCUACUCUGGUCUACUCUGGUCUGUGAAACAGGCAAAGGUUGCAAGUGGUCCUUAAGGAAAUUGCAAUUAUUCAAAUCCUUAUGUAUAGUUCUAAUUUAUU